GUCUGAAAUUCGAUUAGAGUUUAAAAAGCCCCGGCAACGGUCAGAAAUCCACGGGUUCCUCACUGAGCUUCAGGUAGCGCCAUAUACGGAUAGCAGAGGCACCUCGCAGCCCCUCUGGCACUGAAUCUGCUAGGGCGCACAGAGGGGCAGUGCCAUGCACACUCCUGACUACGCGUUGCUCCUGAGCGAAGGGAACCAGUCUCUGGUUUUCUGUCCCUCGAAUGAGCAAACGAUGGAGGCGCCUGGAAACAACACCGUCCACGCAAACGGAUCCGAUCCGUUUGCGCGAAACGAGGAAGUGGCUCAAAUCGAGAUACUGGUCCUGACCAUCACCUUCGUGGUUGCCGUGAUCGGGAACGUGAGCGUCCUGCUGGCAAUGUACAACAGCAAGAAGAAGAUGUCGCGGAUGCACCUUUUCAUCAAACACCUCAGCCUGGCUGACCUGGUGGUCGCCUUCUUCCAGGUGCUGCCGCAGCUCUGCUGGAAGAUCACCUUCCGCUUCUACGGCCCGGACUUUCUCUGCAGGAUAGUCAAGCACCUCCAGGUGAUGGGGAUGUUUGCAUCCACCUACAUGAUGGUGAUGAUGACCCUGGACCGCUACAUUGCCAUCUGCCACCCACUGAAGACCCUCCAGCAGCCGACGCAGCGCUCCUACAUCAUGAUCAUCUCCACGUGGAUGUGCAGCCUGUUGUUGAGCACUCCGCAGUUCUUUAUCUUCUCCCUGAGCGAGAUCAAGAACGGCUCGAACGUUUCCGACUGCUGGGCGCACUUCAUCGAGCCGUGGGGCGCCAAGGCAUACAUCACCUGGAUAACUGUGGGCAUCUUCCUCGUGCCCGUGGUAAUUCUCAUGAUGUGCUACGGGUUCAUCUGCCACAGCAUAUGGAAAAAUAUCAAGUACAAGAAAAGAAACCCCACGGCUGGCGCUGCGAACCAGAACGGGUUAAUUGGGAAGAAUUCCGUCAGCAGCAUUACAACCAUAUCAAGAGCCAAACUGAGGACCGUUAAAAUGACCUUGGUGAUAGUUUUGGCAUACAUCAUUUGCUGGGCGCCGUUUUUCACAGUGCAGAUGUGGUCUGUGUGGGAUGAAAACUUCCAGUAUGCUGAUUCUGAGAACACAGCAGUGACUCUGUCUGCACUCCUUGCCAGUCUUAACAGCUGCUGUAACCCGUGGAUAUACAUGAUCUUCAGCGGUCACCUCCUCCAGGAUUUUGUGCACUGCUUCUCCUGCUGCUACAAAAUGAGCACCGACUUCAAGAAGGAGGACUCAGACAGCAGUCUCCGCAGAACAACAUUGCUGACCAAGAUGACCAGUCGGAGCCCUACAGGCAGUUCUAGCAACUGGAGGGACGUGGACAAUUCUCCUAAGUCCUCCAUUCAGGCGGAGUGAAGACGCAGUUAGGCAACUCUGUCUACUGGGGUGGGGAAUGAAAACCUGUCUGAGAGUGGCAUUCUCGGCAAGAAAUGAAAUUGCAAAUCUUUGCUUCAGAUUCAUUAAUUACGUAUAUCACCACUGUUUAUGAAAGCAUAGGUGCUGACAGUUAUUUCUUGACAUUAUUAUGUUAAAUUCAACAGCACUAAUACAGUCCAGACUCACAACAUGAUUUGUUUUUGAGAGAACGCUUUUCCAGGAAUACUGAUGCUUUUACUGGUGGUUAAGUUUCUCUGCUGUGCCGUCAAACAGCCUUUCCGGUAAGAGUGUUCCCAAAGAUAAAAACGUACAUAGCAGCCUGGAGGUGUGUUGUGGUGAAAACGACUCUUCCAGACCGCACGUCUCCAAGUAACCGAGGCAGUCAGCUCAUCCUUUGUGUCGUUUUUCUCAGAACUACAUUUUAGUGGCUUAAUAAAAAAAGCAAAACCUUCAUUUGACCUAUCACAAAGAAAAAGAAUGUGUGUAGGGUUUAGGUUACAUCUAUUACUCAGCUUGUUGCAUGCAUCCACAUUUUUCUAAUUAUUUCAUGUUGCAGCUGGGAGUCUUUUGUGUUUGUCCCAAAAGAAUCGCAAUUAUUUCUGUUCAGCAGAGGCAAAUGGGAUCCCCUUAAAAAAAGCAGGACACACACAUACACACACGGGGAAGGGGAUGGUGGGUGUUUGGAUGAAGUCAGAUUGGCCACAGUUGGAGGAGUCUAUCUACCAAACCCACGGCUUUCACAAAAUGUGAGGAGAAGCUCACACAUUCCACACACAAUCCACGUCAACACACUUCCACUUCCUUAUUCUUUUUUUUCUG